AUGGCCCCACCAAUUUACUCCGCCCUAAUUAUUAGUCUUGGACUCGGAACUACCAUAACCUUCGCCAGCACCCACUGGUAUCUUGCCUGAAUAGGAAUUGAAAUUAACACAUUAGCCAUUAUCCCCCUAAUAUCACAAAACCACACCCCACGAGCAACUGAGGCCACCACUAAAUAUUUUUUUGCCCAAGCAACUGCCUCAGCAACACUACUAUUUGCUAGCAUCUCUAAUGCAUUCCUCACCGGAGAGUGGGACAUUCUACAAACCCCUAAUACCCUUACUUCUUCACUAAUUACCCUAGCCCUUGCCAUAAAAAUUGGACUUGCCCCCCUUCACAGCUGAAUACCAGAAGUAAUACAAGGCUUAAGCCUACUUAAUGGAUUAAUUUUAUCCACUUGACAAAAACUUGCCCCCCUUUACCUCAUCUACCAAAUUCAACCAACCAACUCCAACAUUUUUAUUACCCUAGGACUUCUAUCCAUUAUUGUAGGGGGGUGAGGGGGAUUUAACCAAGUACAACUCCGAAAAAUCCUAGCAUACUCAUCAAUUGCCCACUUAGGGUGAAUAAUUUUAAUUCUUUCAUUCUCACCUCCACUAGCCCUACUCACAAUCCUAAUUUAUCUCCUAAUAACCUUCUCACUAUUUUCUUCUUUUAUAUUAACCCGAACCACACACAUCAACUCUCUAGCCACUACAUGGGCCAAAAUCCCAAUUCUAACCAUCUCAACCCCCCUAGUCCUAUUAUCCCUAGGAGGAUUGCCCCCUCUUACAGGAUUUAUACCAAAAUGACUUAUUCUCCAAGAAUUAACAAAGCAAGACCUAGCCCCAAUUGCCGCUCUAGCCGCACUUUCAUCCCUAUUCAGCCUAUAUUUUUAUCUACGACUUUCAUAUGCAAUAACACUCACUAUACCACCCAAUAACCCAGCAGGGACACUUCCAUGACGACUUAAUACACGACACAACACCACCAUGAUAUCCCUAACAACCACCUCAACAAUCUGCCUACUACCCGUAACCCCAGCCAUUAUGGCCUUGUUACCCUUUU